GGCGGGGUAAGACGAGUCAGAUUUUAAAAUCUCUUGUUUGGCCGAGAUUGAUUCGGUAAAAUAGUUAUCUAAAGGGCUAUUGUUUAAGUUACAUCAUCUCUGAGCGCCAUUCAACAGCUGAAACUUUACUGUAACCAACGAUUGAGAUAUUACAAAGAAAAAAUAAAGAUGCGAAACUAUGUACGAAAGACAAAUCGAGGAAAUUGGAACGAGGAUCAAAUGAAAACAGCAAUUGAAUGUGUAAAAAGAAAAGAAAUGUCGAUACGAAAAGCUGCUUCAUCUUUCAAUGUUCCUUUAGAGUCUCUACGUCGAUGUUGUAAUGGACAGCUAAAGCAACUUUCGGGAGAAAAUAUGCAUAAAAAACAAUUGGGUCCUAUCCGUACUGUCCUGACUGAAGAACAAGAGACUGAUCUAGAGUCAUAUAUACUUGCUCUAGACAAUUCUUUUUAUGGAUUAUCCAUAAAUGAACUAAGAAGGGUUAUAUAUGAAUAUUGUGAAAGGAAUAAAAUUAAGCACCCUUUUAAUAAAGUUCAUCAAAUGGCAGGACGUGAUUUUGUGUCAGGUUUUCUUAAACGUCGGCAGACAUUGUCAUUACGAAAACCAGAGGCUGUUUCAUUAAAUAGAGUGUUCGGACUAAACAAAACCUCCAUCGACCGAUAUUUCGAAAAUCUUAAAACAGUCUUAGAGAAAUUUAACAUUAGGCCACACCGAAUAUUUAAUGUUGAUGAAUCUGGUUUAACAUGUGUUCAUAAACCAAUAAAGGUGUUGGCACCAAAGGGCAAGCGUGUUGUAGCCACCGCAACAAGUGGCGAAAGAGGUGUAACGACUACCAUUGUUGUUUGUUGCAGUGCUACGGGCAGUUAUGUUCCACCAAUGAUGAUUUUCAAACGUAAAAGAAAAAGGCAAGAUCUAACCGAAGGUGCUCCAGUUGGAACACUAAAUGAAGUUUCUGAUAGUGGGUGGAUAAAUACGGAAUUGUUUAUGACCUACCUUAAGCAUUUUGCUGAGCAUACUAAGCCGACAAAGGAUGAUCGUGUCCUUUUAAUUUUAGAUGGGCACAAAAGCCAUACAAAAAAUAUUGGACUUAUAGACUUUGCACGAGAUAAUGGCAUUGAGAUUGUCUCCCUUCCACCACACACCUCACAUAAAUUGCAGCCUCUUGAUCGGACAUUUUUUAAACCGCUCAAAGUUGCUUUUAAUACAGCUUGUACUUCUUGGAUGCGACUACAUCCUGCCUGAAGAAUCACUAUUGACAAAAUUGGUGCCUUGUUUAACACUGCAUAUCUUAAGGCAGCCACAAUUGAAAACGCGAUAUCCGGUUUUCGAUGCACUGGAAUUUUUCCUUACGAUGCAUCAAUUUUGCCAGAAAAAGAAUUUUUGUCAGAUCCGAGAGAACCACUUGCUACCCCAGAUGUUAGCAGCAUUACAGAAGAGCCUAUUGCAUCUUCAUCGCAAGCUGGAUCCAGUGUUGAUGCCAUUGACAUGAUUGUUCAUUCAACGCCGGUGAGUUUUAGGGAAAAUUUAAAAGUUCCCGAUAUUGUUGAAAAAAAUAAACGAAGCGAAGUGAAGAAUCAGAAAUUAUUACAGGAUCACCAUAUAAGUUAUCUUUGGAGAAAUCUGAGACUGAGACAAAGAAACUAUCAAAUUCGAAGAAACAACCAAAGGCGAAAAAAGAAACAUUAAAAAAGAAAAAAACGACUAAAACAAAAACGACACCACCGGUUGUAGAAGAUUGCGAAUGUUUAGUUUGCGGUGAUUGGUGGCACGAGUCAUUGCCAGGAGAAAACUGGAUACAGUGUAUAAAAUGUUCAGUAUGGCUUCAUGAACUAUGUUGUUCUUCAGAUAAACCUAUUUGUGACUUCUGUGACUAAUUUUAUUUUUAUGUUUUUUAUUUUAAUUAUUUUAUAUACAAUUUAUAUACGGUUAGGAUUUUUAUAGCUAUAUUUUAGUACUUUAUUUUCAUUUAACCUGCCAACUUGUUGCUACUAAGUAGUGAUACUAAAUUUUACUUCUGUCAGACAUCUAAUAGAAGUUUAAAAACUCGAUAUUUUCUCCUUUGUUCCUGGAUUUCUAUAGUGACCCAUCUUGCCCCAACUGUUGGGGUAAGAUGAGUCACCACACUAUUGCAGUAUAUCAAAUAAAAUGGCAGCCAUGUUUAUUUUUUUCUGUAAAUUUUUUUUGGUUUGUUUUAAGGUUUUGUAUCAUUGUUUAAGCCUGUAUUAAAAUUUUUUCAAAAAACCAUUGUCUUCUUAGUUUUUUUUUUACGUUUGUUCCCUUAAGUGACUCGUCUUGCCCCGAAUUACGCUACUUUCCUCAGUCUGUAAGAACGGUGAGAGACGGAGCCGUCGCACAGAAAUUUUAAAGUAUUUGGUACUAGCCUGUUGUGAAUGUUACGGUCUAAUAGCACGAGUGCUACAAGUUCAAGAAAUUACAUAAAUAAGAAUGAAAACAAACCUACUUUAAAUUAUUUAAAAAUCCAACUCUAUCCAAAAGUUCUUGUUGGCGUCUUGAUUCCGCACUGGGCAUGGUGGGCGUGUUCGGUAGUGAGGUGGGUGCGUGUUCUUCCAUGAGGCGUUCCAAUUCUUUAUUUUGCGAUGCUUCGUUAUCAAAGUCGGGACUUUUACUG